AUGAGUUUGUUGCAGUUUCUUGGCGAUGAUAUGGUUAAGGAUGCUGGGCUUGCUUGUCGCUUUAUUAUUGCAAAAAUGCCGUUGGAUGCCCCGAUCAUCGAUUGGGACUAUUACAUUGAGCGUUUUGGAGCUACAGUACAGAAAAUCAUCACGAUCCCAGCCGCUCUGCAAAAUGUGCCAAAUCCGGUUCCUCGUAUUCCUUUUCCGGAUUGGCUGGAAAAUAAAAGACAGCAGAGAAAAAACGAUCAUAAGCAGCCAAAAAUCGACGAAAUUUUCAAGAAGAGAGAUCCAUACCUUUCUGCUGACAUUGAAAAUAUCUUCAGUCCUAAAUCCAUCAAAAAUGGGACAUUGACGCAA